GGCAUGCUCCAUCAAAACCACAACCCAUGUCGGAAUCAAGGAAUCAAAAGGCACUUUUGGACUCUGGAAGAGAUGCCAUACGCCUCUUGCCAAUGAGGCUUCCAGAGUCAAUAACCUUGGUAGAGACAUUCAGCAAUAGCAACCAGCAGGCAUCCCGAAAUAGAUCCCUAAUGGUACGUCCACUACAUUCCUAGUACUAUACUACGAUCCAUCGAAUGCUUCUUCCCCGCUCGUUGCAAGUCACGGCACUGGCGCAGGCGCUGGUCACCUGCCAUCCGCAUCCCCUGACCAGCUUCCCGGCCUCCGCCUCUUCUCGUCUCCUCUUUUCUCUUCUCCCUCCCUUUUAUCUCUUCCUUCUUCCCCUCUCCAUCAGUUGGUCUGAUCCCAGUCUCUCCAUUACUCCCAUUAAUCCAACCAACAGUCCGAAUCCAUCAAAACCACCUUUGUCGUCAGGUCCCUUCCGUUAUUCGUAG